AUCGCGUUAAGAGUAAUGUCCCCUGUGCCCUCAACCCUUGUGGGCACCAAACGACCUAAGAUUGCGUGUGCUUUAACCUAUUACACAGCAGAGUAUAUUACCAACGCGUGUAUCUCCGAUCCACUUUCAGGAAAUAAUCAUGGAUAAAUUGGAAUGUCUUCCUUAUUUUGCCGAAGGAAUAGUCGUCAAAGGUUAUGGUCGAGGAAGCAAAGAACUCGGCAUCCCGACAGCAAAUUUUACGGAGGACGUUGUCAGACAUCUGCCUUGCAACUUGAUCUGUGGUGUCUAUUAUGGAUGGGCAUGUGUAGACAAUGGACCUGUAUUGCCGAUGGUAACAAGUAUAGGAUGGAACCCAUACUAUCACAAUACAGUGAAAACUAUGGAAACACAUAUUCUGCAUAGAUUCAAAGAAGACUUUUAUGGAUCACAUCUGAAAGUCAUUUUGCUGGGAUACAUUCGAGAUAUGGAAGACUACUCAUCACUAGAUGCACUUAUUGAAGCUAUCAAGAAUGACAUUUCCAUUGCAAGAGAAAGACUCCAGUCAGAAGAAAUGCUGGAAUUUAAAACUAAUAACUUUUUUUCUGAUCAGGCUGUUUUAAAUGGCAGUAGUAGAUUAUGAUAAACAUGUUAGCCAUUUCUUUUUGUAAUGAUUGUGCAACAAAUUAAAUGUCAAGGCUUUUCCCUCCCUGCUCUAGCAUUACAUGACCCUCCCUCCUCAUCCCCUCUCCCCCACCAAAGAAAAAAAAGAGUAAGAUGUGAACUUGUUAUGGCUAUUUCAGUAUGUUCAAAAAGGUUAUGAAAUACCUUACCCAGCUGUGAUUACAUGUCAGGAAAAAAUAUUUAAAGAAUUCCAUUUUGCUAAAUGGUGGAUUUGGUCAGAAUGAAUUUCUUCAUUUAGUGUGUACAUAUCAAAGUACACAAUAUAUAGACAUAUUUCUCUAAUAUUCGUGUGUUAUGAAGAUGAAUUUUAACUGCAUUUUACCUUGUUUCAAAGGUAAAUACUUGUAACUGUUGUAAAUUGUUUUUCUUUUUUGAUGAGUAACUUAUUUCAGCCAUUGCAGUAGAUGUCUGGCAAAACAUGUGUGUAGUUUUUCUAGUUUUUAUAACCUCAUGUCUUUCUCACCAUGUCUUUUUCCCCACUUUUAAAAAGGUGGAAAAUCAAACAGAAACAAUACACAUUUUCAUAUAAUUUUUAUUGAUGUUAACAGGGUUUUUUUUUUUCCUCACUAUUGUCUGCAGAAACUGGAUAGAUUAAAGAAAUUUUCCCAUUAUCAAUGAAUGAUUUAUUAAAUAAUUGCCUAUUUGCAUAAACAGAUGAUACAGUUUAUAGAUAUAGAUUUUCUUUAAAGCAUUUACAUGACUUAACAUUUAUUGUUUCCAUUGAAACACCAGAACCAGAACCAAGGUAAUUGAAAAUAACUUUAUAUAGCAUGUUCAUCAAGGUUUUACAAUAAAGACACAAAGAAUUUUAUGGUCCUCUUGAAAGGGUUGCAUGAACAUCUUAUUUAACAUGUAACAGAAAAUUGUAGUGGUUGAUAAAAGAUAAUUGUUUUAGACAUUCUUGAGCAACAUUAUAAAAAUGCUGCUCACUUUGGCUUAUUUUUAAUUUCAGUGAAUUAUAAUGUUCUUUGCUUUCAGAAAGUAAAUUGGUUCCACAAGUGAGAUUUCUAAGCAUUCUAUGCUUAUAGUCAUGAAAACCUGCAGUGUUUAAACUGAAAGGAUCCAUAAUAAGCUCUUUAAUAAGCACACGUCCAAGCAACAUUUAUUUUCAAGUUCCAAAUGAUAAAAGGAACGUGAGAAAAGGCAGUAAAGCACAACAUUCAGCAUAUCAGUGUUAACUAUAAGAUAGAAAUAUCUUUUAGUAACAUUAUAAAGCUCCUAAGCACUUCAUGAAAAGUUGCCAAGGGCAUCAAGUUCAGAUUCUCAUUUGUCUCAUUUUAUAAUUAAACAGCCAUGAUAUUUAAGCAGUACUUGGCAUGUGCAUACAUUUAUAUCCACAGAAACAGGACAUUCGAGAUAAAGAUUGCAAUAAUAGCUACCUGCUUUUUAAUGCUACUGAACAUGUUGAUAAUAACCCCAAUGUUCCUGUCAGGUGGGGGAUAGGGUGUGCUGAAAACCCACUCCAGUUUUAACAAAAGGGCUGAAAAACCCAAACAAUUUUAACUGGAUGUUUAAAAAAAGAAGAAUUUUAUGGAGAGGAAACAAUACACAAUGCUCAAAAAUUGCCUGAUUUGUAUGCAGUCAUAGUUACUAGUCAUCACUCAUUCGCAGUGCCAAUUGUAUCAUUAUUAGUGUUUUGUCCUUUUUUUACCCCCACAGUAGUAAUCACUGCAUUAGAGGAAGGCUAGGAUAGAUCAAUACUUCAAGAUAAUUGUGUGUACUGAAAUCCAGUUUCCUGUAAACAAUUUGACAUUGAAUAGAUAUGCACAGACACAUAACAAGAAAUCUCAGUGUUAGAGUUUGACAGUCCUGUAGAGUUUCAUAAUACAAUUGUAAAUUACUUGGGUGGCAAAAGAACAUGCAUAUAGGCAUAUAUUUACACUUGCAGUUUAUGAUAAUAACUAUUGAUUAGUUUAACAAGUUUGAAAUUAAUAGUAUAUGUGCUAAAUGUUAUUGUUAAAUGCUAUGAACAGCUAUCAAUUCAUGCAGGAUAAUUAAGAUGCAAAUUAUUCAUGCAGUGGAGAAAUGUUGUCCUCGGUGUACUUUUAUCAUCAAAAUAGAUCUUAAUAUUUAUACCUAUACAUUCCAUGCCAGUUAAGAGACAGAGAACAUGUUUGUUGCUAGUUCAAUGCAAAAGUGUUAAAGUUUUGAUCUUCAGUGAGUCUUAAUUUAGUAGGGCAGCAUUGUUGCAAAUGUGUGUGCAUUCACUUCACCUUUUUUUCAUUUAUAAACCAAUGUGCUUUUUCUUUAAUGACACAUUCUGUUAAUUUGAGGACACUUUUGUGAACUCAGAAGAGCUACAGAUGAUGAAAUCUAAGAAGCACUCUGGAUUUGGCACUUUACAAUGUUUAUUUUUAGCAUGACGUUUUUGCAAGUAAUUUAGAAUUAAUGCUAGUAAACCCAUGAUUUUCAGAGCUUUAAUUCUUCCAUGAUUGUAUCCAGUCAUCUGUCACAUAGGUCUUGGAAUUAUCUCUUUUGUCUUAGAAGGGGGAAUGGUACAUGAAUCGCAUCAGUUUCUGAUAAGCUCGGUGAACAUUACUCGCAGAAGAAAUGUAGAGAUUAUGUUACUUUAGGUACCAUUGUUGAACCUAGGAAGUAGAGCAGUUUUUAGCACUAUUCUCCUUAUGCCUAUACUUCAUAAACAUCUUGAGACUUCAAAGAAUUUGUAAAAAUCUGAACGCUGUCUAAAAAGUUCUUUGCUAUUUGUUAAGAACUUGAAGUGAUAUACAGUGGAAAAUAAAUGAACCAUGUUCAGUUCUUUGUGUGUUGAGCAUGCUUGGUAAGAUUGUUUACAAUCAUGUUUGUUUUUUAUGUUGGUUGUACAUAGCCUUUAAAAAUUCAUAUAUUUGCCAUUUUAUUUUAUAUUGCAGAUUGUUGGUUUUGUUAUUGUCCUGAUUUUUGUAGUCGUUUUUAUUAUUAUAUUGGCUUUUUAUUAGAAAACUAGAAUAUAGUUGGAUGCUUAUGAGUAAUUAUAUAGAUUAACCUACUUUUAGUUGUACAAUCAUUGUCACAAUUUUAUGUCAUAUCUGGCUGGCAUUAUAUUGUGUUUAGUGUGCUCCAAGCUAAUCAUGUUUACUGUUGAUAUAAUAAUCUCGCCAUAUUUCAAGGUAGAACAUAUAUAAAAGUCAUAUGUGGCUGAUUGUAAUAUUUAGGUUUAUUUUUAUACCAGAUAUAAAGCUAUCUGGAACCAAUUUUUGCGCCUUAAUCACAUUUCAGCUGCAUUUAUAAUAUUUUCAAGAGAUUUCAUUUGGCAAGAAAUAUCAGUGUAAAGCAACAGUUAUACCUCGUGUGUCCUAGGGAUGGGGAAGGCAAAUGUUCCAGAAUAGUUUUGUGUCUUCCUGUGAAACUUAAAGGCUAAUCUGAAUGCAACAUUAUAUUUAGAUGAGUGGGUUUAAUCCAUUAUAGUAUAUUCAUUCCCAAAACAUGAGAGAAAAACUCUUUUAAUAAAAAUAAACCUUCAAUUUUAACCUAUCAAUUUUAACUCAUUUGCACAUCACUAAGGUAUAUCGCAAACUGGGCAGCACUUCAUUAGCAUAUGCUCAAAGCUCUUGCACUAACUGUAGCACAUAUCACUAAAGUCAAUAGUUACAAUUUAGGUGAGUAUUCAUGUCUACUUUUAGAAGGAGUUCAACAUUCACGACACAUUUUUGUAAAGUAACGACUAUGCUGUGUUGUGUCAACAGUUGAAGCUUCAUUUCAUUUGUGAUGCAGAUUGGUUUUUAAAUGUUUUGACAGAAAGUAUAUUCUGGAUGUUUGUAAAAAAAAUGUACAUAGAAAAAUGAAUAAAAUUUUGGUUGUUCAAAUGUGAAGAUUAAUUUUAUCCAAAGAUUUGACUAUAAAUCCUUUUGCCUAAAAUGUUAUACAUGUCUCAACAAGUUAUACAUGUCCUUUUGACUGAGGUGAACUGGGGACGAAUAUCAAAAGUUUUUCAUUUCUGCAGAGAAAGGUAUUAUUUUUAGUAUUUUAGCAUUAUAGCUAUGAUGGGUCAUUGCUGGUGUUUUCUUGAAACUACAUGCCUGUGCUGUGCACCAACUUGACUAAUCAUGGUGCUUUUGUAGAGGAUCUAUAUGUUUGGACAGUGUUGUGCAUUUCUGCCAAAACUUUGUUAAUCCAUAUUUGUAAAUAACAGUCAUGAACUAGAGUCUAUAUAUGCUUGUGAAUGCAAAGUUAAAGAAUUGGGAUUUUCUUGAUUUUCUAAACAGGUACCAGAAACAUG